GGAAACUUUUUUAUUUUGUUUAAACAAAUUGAGUUCACCUGCCCAUCGGAACACUGGGUGCAUCGUUCAAUACCUGACUCAAUUUUAAUAACCGGCAGUGGCGUGGCUCCUGACGGCCCCCUGUCCUCCUAUUGGGCGGCGGGCUAGUGAUGCUCCGACACCCCCCCGAAUACACGGUCAGAGCCGCACACGCAGCGCUGUGUUACCGCCUCAGCUGCGCUGGACCGCCGGAGUCUGUUGCCAGCCAAACACACUGUAGCACAGCGGCAGUGGCGAUACUGUUGUGGCGGAUGCUGAAUACUGUACUUGGGGGAAAAAAAAGGCUGACCAGAACGGAUUGACCCUCGACUCCGGUUCGGAAGAAGGCUAGAAACAACAGCACGUACAAUUCAGCAAUGCCUGCCGGAAGCAACGACCCCGAAUGCAUUUUGAGCUACCAGAGGCCCGAUGAAGAGGCAGUGGUUGAUCAAGGAGGGACGAGCUCUGUUCUGAACAUACACUACGAGAAGGAGGAGCUAGAAGGUCACAGGACGCUGUAUGUGGGCGUUCGGAUGCCGAUGGAGAGACAGAGCCACCGGCAUCAUCGCCCCCAUGGGCCGAAACACAGGAAGAGGGACCGGAUAAAGGGGACGAUCCAGGAAGAGGGGCCCUCGCACGAUACCCCGUCCCAGCGUGUCCAGUUCAUCCUGGGGACGGAGGACGACGACGAGGAGCACGUCCCCCAUGACCUGUUCACGGAGCUGGACGAGAUCUGUGUGAAGCAGGGCCAGAACACGGAGUGGAAGGAGACGGCCAGGUGGCUGAAGUUCGAGGAGGAUGUGGAGGACGGAGGAGACCGCUGGAGCAAGCCCUACGUGGCCACGCUGUCCCUGCACAGCCUGUUCGAGCUGCGCAGCUGCCUCAUCAAUGGAACCGUGCUGCUGGACAUGCGAGCAAGCACCAUCGAGGAGAUCGCAGACAUGGUCCUGGACCAGCAGGAGGCCUCCAUGGAGCUGGACGAGAGCGUCAGGGUGAAGGUGCGGGAGGCCCUGCUCAAGAAGCACCACCACCAGAUCGAGAAGAAGAGGAACAACCUGCUCCCCAUGGUGCGGUCCUUCACAGAGGCCGGCAAGAAGCAGUCUGAGCCCCACUCCAUGGACAAGAACGGUCAAACUGUGCCCCCCCAGGCGGUCCCAACGAACCAAGAGAUGAAGAACGGGGUGCAUCACGAAAACAGCACCGCGGACCUGAGCAAGGUGGACCUUCACUUCAUGAAGAAGAUCCCAGUGGGAGCAGAGGCCUCCAACGUGCUGGUGGGAGAGCUGGACUUCCUGGAGAGCCCCAUCGUGGCCUUUGUGCGCCUCUCCCCGGCCGUGCUGCUGACCGGACUCACCGAGGUGCCCAUUCCUACACGAUUCCUGUUCAUCUUGCUGGGGCCCAACGGGAAGGCGCAGCAGUACCAUGAGAUUGGCAGAUCCAUGGCGACCAUCAUGACCGACGAGAUCUUCCACGACGUGGCGUACAAGGCGAAGGACCGCAGGGACCUGCUGGCCGGGGUGGAUGAGUUCCUGGACCAGGUGACCGUGCUGCCCCCCGGGGAGUGGGACCCCUCCAUACGCAUCGAGCCCCCCAAGAACGUCCCGUCACAGGAGAAGAGGAAGAUGCCGGGCGUUCCCAACGGGACGAUCAGCCUCGCCGACCCGGAGCCCCACGGAGAACACAGCGGACCUGAACUGCAGCGCACCGGCAGGCUGUUCGGAGGGCUGUUCCUGGACGUGAAGCGCAAAGCCCCGUUCUACUGGAGCGAUUACCGUGACUCGCUGAACCUGCAGUGCGUGGCCUCCUUCCUGUUCCUGUACUGCGCAUGCAUGUCCCCCGUCAUCACCUUCGGAGGGCUGCUGGGAGAGGCCACGGAGGGACGCAUUAGCGCCAUCGAGUCUCUGUUCGGAGCCUCCAUGACGGGCAUCGCGUACUCCUUGUUUGCUGGGCAGCCCCUCACCAUACUGGGGAGCACGGGCCCCGUGCUGGUGUUUGAGAAGAUUCUCUUCAAGUUCUGCAAAGACUUCCAGCUGUCCUACCUGUCUCUGCGCACCUGCAUCGGGCUCUGGACGGCCAUCCUGUGCCUGCUGCUGGUGGCCACGGACGCCAGCUCCCUGGUGUGCUACAUCACACGCUUCACCGAGGAAGCCUUCGCCUCGCUCAUCUGCCUCAUCUUCAUCUACGAGGCCAUCGAGAAGCUCCUCCACCUGGGGGAGCUGUACCCCAUAAACAUGAACUCUGAGCUUGACAAGCUCACACUGUACUACUGCAGGUGUUCGGAGCCGGACAACCCCAGUAAUGAGACACUGAAACACUGGGAGCAGAACAACAUCACAGCAUCUUCAGCCAACUGGGCAAACCUGACUGUGGAGAAGUGCCGCAGCUUGCACGGUGAGUUCGUGGGCCCCUCCUGCGGUCAUCACGGGCCCUACACCCCCGACGUGCUCUUCUGGUCGGCCAUCCUUUUCUUCGCCACCUUUGCCAUGUCCAGCUUCCUCAAGCAGUUCAAGACCAGCCGCUAUUUCCCCACCAGGGUGCGGUCCAUGGUGAGCGACUUUGCUGUGUUCCUGACCAUUGUCACGAUGGUGCUCAUCGACUACGCCUUAGGAAUCCCCUCACAGAAGCUCAGAGUGCCCAGAGACUUCAAGCCCACCCGAGAUGACCGAGGCUGGCUCAUUAGCCCGAUCGGUCCAAACCCCUGGUGGACGGUUGUAGCAGCGAUCAUCCCGGCUCUCCUCUGCACCAUCCUCAUCUUCAUGGACCAGCAGAUCACGGCGGUCAUCAUCAACAGGAAGGAGCACAAACUCGUGAAGGGGUGUGGAUACCACCUGGAUCUGCUCGUGGUGGGUGUCAUGCUGGGCGUGUGCUCCAUCAUGGGGCUGCCGUGGUUCGUGGCUGCCACGGUCCUCUCCAUCAGCCACGUGAACAGCCUGAAGCUGGAGUCGGAGUGCUCGGCUCCGGGGGAGCAGCCCAAAUUCCUGGGGAUCCGUGAGCAGCGUCUCACCGGGCUCAUGAUCUUCGUUCUCAUGGGCUGCUCCGUCUUCAUGACCGGAGUCCUGCAGUUCAUCCCCAUGCCUGUGCUGUACGGUGUGUUCCUCUACAUGGGGGUCUCCUCGCUGAAGGGAAUUCAGUUCUUUGACCGGUUGAAGCUGUUCGCGAUGCCCCCGAAGCACCAGCCGGACUUCAUCUACCUGAGGCACGUGCCCCUGCGCAAGGUGCACCUCUUCACCAUCAUCCAGCUCACCUGCCUCGUGCUGCUCUGGGUCAUCAAAGCCUCACCCGCCGCCAUCGUCUUCCCCAUGAUGGUGCUGGCGCUGGUGUUUAUCCGCAAGCUGAUGGACCUGGGCUUCUCCAAGCGAGAGCUGAGCUGGCUGGACGACCUCAUGCCAGAGAGCAAGAAGAAGAAGCUGGAUGACGCCUCGCAGAGGGCUAAAGAGCAGGAGGAAUCUGCAAAGAUGUUGGAGGCGGCACCAGAGGACAAGCCAGUCGAGAUCCCGAUGGAGAGCAGCACCCUGCUCCACAGCCCCGGGAAGAACAACAACUCCAAGUGUGACCCAUCUGACAUUAAUAUCUCUGAUGAAAUGUCUAGAACUGCGGUGUGGAAAGCUCUUGGUAAGAACACUGACGGCUCUAAUCUCAAGGACGUCCCAGUUUCUACUACAAGGAAUGUUUGAAACUGAGUACUUGGCUGUGAAGAUGUUCAUGAACACAGCAUGGUGACUCAGGGAAGACCUUCAGCACUCUGUGCCAGCAGACUCUGCAAAGACACGGCAAAGCAGGGCGACCUCUCAACUGUAUCACUGGGCAGUCAAGAGACCCCCCUCCCCCCUCCCCCACUGUAGCAGGGAGCAGGGUUCCCCUCCGACACAUAGACCAGAUUUAAAACCAUUCUUAUGAUAACAGCAGAGUUGUGUUAAUUACACCGCAGUCCGUUAUAAUGCGUUACAAAAUAUUCAUUCUUUAAGAAAUUUUGAAUGUAAGAAAAACAAUGUUGUUUGGAAAUUUAAUAGUUAAUUAGCAGGGUUUUUUUAUAAUUUAUUACGUUUCUUAAUAUUUUAAAUGUGUUUUAAUUGUUUAUGUAUUUAUUAAUUUAUUUAUUUAGGCACUGAAUAAUAAAAGUUAUUUUUUAUUUUUAUUCUAAUCUAGUUUGUGAAAUGUGAUAUUACUAUAGCUGGUCUAUUUUAUCUCAUUUCUCGCAAAAUUAUCUUGAGAGCAAUUCAUCUCCUACACCUCAGUCUGCACCCUCCUUAACUUUGCUGGAGAGAGAGAGAGAGAUCGUUUCCAGUUCUGCUUCUCACACGUCCGUCGGCAUCCUGUCUGUUACUGAAGCUGUCAGACUGGGAGGGGAAGGACACGGCCGAGGGAGCACUUACACACUUUUUAUUUAAUGCGUACGUUGUCUUGUUUAUGCACUUUAUUGAACAGGGACUGGUCUUGAAAACUCAAAGCAAGGUGUCGUAUAGCCAUAUAUCAGCAUCGACUAGAGCCAUUCACCCAAACUGAAACCUUUAUUAAAAAUAAUUAAUAAAAAGCCAACAAUAAUACUUUAAAAGUCACUUUGCAAACCCCAUUGUCAAUUACAUGAAGGGGUUGUGCACAAAUCAUUUAUUAAACGCCUUUAAAAACACACACCAGCUGAACCAAAGCAAUGCUGGUAAUACAGCAGACUCUCUCGUCCACAUAGGGAAAGCUGCAGUCGGUAGAUUUGCAGUGUUUAGUAAUAGUGUCAAUCUGCAACGUGUUUUUAAGCCUCGUGUGGAUGGAGAACAUGGUUCAGGGCUUCGUUUAAAAGGGAUUCAGGACUAAUCAGAAUUACAACUUGCGUCCCCCCAUUGGAACCUGUUAGUAGCAGCUACACCAGAGGAGGGUAGAUCACGCACUCAGAACGUCAACCACAAAGCAUCCGGAACAUUUAAACCACAACAGGUUCUAUAGAAACAGAUUACCUACGUUAAUAUCAGGGUUUGUCUUUUUUUUUUUUUUUUUUUAAUUUAGAUUUAGUGACUUGUAUGUUUGCAAGUGUUCAGUGGCUGCCUUGAAUCAAGUUGAGAGUGCUCUUUCUCUUACGCCGUUUCUAUGACGGACUAAGCACAGAAUGUACGAGAGACGCACUCUCAACUGGAUUAGAAGCAACUACCUAACACCUGGAAACAUGCUAGCAAUGAAAACCAGGUCGCACUACACCAGAACACGAUUCAAACUGCCACGAUCGCAAGCACAGGUUUGACCACCACAUUUUCUUCACUUCUAAAAGACGUGCACUGUAUGGUAAACGCAACGAAAGGAGGCUUGGUGGUCCAGUGGUUAGAGAAAGGGGCUUGUUACCAGGAGGUUCCAGGUUCAAUCCCAGCCACUGACUCACUGUGUGUGACCCUGAGCAAGUCGCUUAACCUCCUUGUGCUCCGUCCUUCGGAUGAGACAUAAAACAAACAAGCUCCUAUUGGAAGCGACUCUGCAGCAGAUGCAUAGUUCACCCCCUAGUCUCUGUACGUCGUUUCGGAAAAAAAGACCAAUUAAUAAAAAAAUAAUACAAAAGCUAUCAAAGCACACACUACGACAGCGCAGUAUCGAGAAAAGGCACCAAGAGCGAACGCAUGCAUUAGUCUAGCUGGGGUAAGAAAAUCCAUUCUGUUUCAUCAGUGACUACUGCAAUAAUCUCAAUCCAACACUAUGAAUAUUAUUGAUAGGAACAAAACCUUUAAAAUGCAUUAGUCUGGGUUCUUAAGAAUCAGUUUCCAUUUUAACACCUCAGUGCUGAAUUUAUGUAAUUUAUGUAAUACAUAUUUUAAAAAAAGAGCUUUGGGAAAGAAUGGGUGAGUGGAAAGUGAAGGCACUUUUUCUAGUGUAUAAUUUCUUAGUAAUCUGCGCAAUGUAAGUAAUGUGUAGAAAUAGAGAUUAUAUAUAAUUUGUUUUAAGAAAACAAAAAAAGUUAUAUGUAUUAUAUCAAUAAUGUAUUUUAUUGUAAAAAGAAAAGUCUUUAAAAAGCUCUGUUAGUCGUGUAACCAGAAGUGCACAUGUUCUGUAAACCAUGUAAGACUUUGAAAUUUGGAUUUGCAGAGAGAAGCAGGUGUUGUACUGUACCAAUGUAUUUUUUAGUGCAAGUCUCUCUCAAACCGCUCCGAAGCCAUGUCCUAAAUCUAGAUUUUACAAGUCUGGCCUAAAUAUAUAUUACUGGGGAAAAUGUACAAGUGAAGUAAUGUGCUUGAAGAAUAUUUCAGACGCGGUUACUCUGUGAAUUGUUCUGUACUGUCAUGUUGAUGCUGUCGUGUGGCGCCUCAUAACUAGCUGCUCAGGCAGUGCAGUGGAUACUAGAUACCUGUUUGUUAAAGUGAAUGUGUUUACCUGUCAACUGCAAUACCAUCCUAUUGUACCACUGUGUGUGUAAAUUAAAGAGACACGUUCACUCUCUCGACGAGAGAAGCAAUUCCAAUCGAUUCUUACAUGUGCUCGAAUAAACCAAUCCAAAAGGUGCAUUGAAGUGCUGAUUAUUUGUGCAUGUAAGCUCUGCGAACAAAUUGUAGAGUUGAGAGUGGGGGUCCAAUCUCGGUCCUGGAGGGUCGCUCCACUCCAUAUUUAACAGGUAAAAUGAACCUAAAUUUACCCCAACGAAGUCCAAACCCCUGUUAUUUCCUGUUGCACCUGCCUCGCCUCUCACUCGCGUCCAGCACCUAGGUAACAACCUCAGGUGUGUGUUAUUAAACUCCUAGUAAACAAUUGAUCAAACUGCAAUGUAGAGAGACUUAUUCCCAUCCCUGCAGUUAGAAAAGGGUUGAGAGCCAUUGCAACAGAGGACUAAAUGCUCUGUCCUAAAGGUAAUCUGCAAAUCAACUGCAAUCCUGCC